UGACAAGUCCAAUGUAGAUAUAGUUCGCUCAGCCUGAGGUUCGCGCUCAAAGACUCUGGUUGCAGCCGGAAAGUGCCGAGAGUAGUGUUGCUGUGAGGGUGAGAAGAGUUGCCAUUCGCUGAGUUGCAAAUCCGUAUAAAGCAAGGCAGCGACAGACAUACAAAGCACAGUCCUCCUUAAAUUUAUCCGCAGCUCGUUUCAUUCGACAUGUCUGACCCGCAAACAAACAUUUAUACUCCUCCUUUCGAGGCCUACAACGCUGAAUACGCAAAGCAGCAGCAACAAGGCCUCGACUUUAUUUCAUUUCACUCGCCUUCUGACAUCCUUGCACCACACCCCGAUCUCUUCGAAUUAGAACUCGACUCCAGCCUCGCGGCUUUCAACGAAGUCCAGCUGCAGCUUCUCACCGUCGACUCCAACGACGCCUACACUUUCUUGAGAUCCGACACCCCCACGUGUGGCCCUCCGUCUACUAUUACUGUCUCCUCUGAAUCAGCCUACGAUUCUCUGUCCUCGCAUUCAGAAUCUUUUUACAAUUAUCCUAGUUCCCCAUACUCUUCCACCAAUUAUUCCUUCCCUCUUGACCUCGAGAUGGACUUUCAAAGGAUUCGAGUCGAAGGCGGUGUCUCUGACUACGGCGGUGUCAGUGUAACGCCACCCACUUCCGGUGCCCGUCCCAUCACUGUGGACCCAAACUCUUUUAGCGCCUUGCCUCCUACGCCUUCCCCGCAGCCCCCGCUGUCUGUUCCUGCUGCUGAGAGUGCUUUCGACCAGUCGACCUUCUCUGACUUUGCUGAGACCAACGCUCGUGUGAAUUCUUCUGCCUCUCCCGAUUAUUACGCGCAGCUUGGCUACAACGUUGGGGUUUCCAAUCAAACUACGAUCUCUCCCUCUAAUGUGUCUCAGUUUCCUGUGGCGUCUGUUCCUCAGACCCGUACUCGACCAGUGGAGGAUGACAUCAAAGAUGACCCGCGCAAGCGGUACAAGUGUGUUUCAUGUCCCCGCGCUUUUGCUCGUGCCUACAACUUGAAGACACAUAUGGCGACACAUGAUCCCAACCGCCUGAAGCCACAUGUUUGCCCUCAUCGCUCAUGUGGUAGGUCAUUUAGUCGUAAACAUGAUUUGGGACGUCAUCUGGUUAGUAUCCACCGGGACGAGUCUGUGUGCUCUGCCCAUUCUUCGGCUUCUAAAAAGUCCGUUGGCGUGGAUAAGGGCCCGAGGGGAUGGUGUAACUCCUGUGGGAAAGGUUGGGUCGGACGCCCAACUGAGUGUUCUUGUGCUGACAUCAAAUAAAAACGAACGUCAUCACGGUUUCUAUAUGCCUAAAUCUUGUGCGAAAUUAUUCGCCACUGAAUCCAUGCAGUUGAAGAUCGAUCCGUCUCCCAUUAUCCCGAUGACGUUUCGUAUCCUGCAUCAAUCACACAGUGUGUCACGUAUCGUACCGUUCUGCCAUAGUUGCAUGGACCCAGCGACGAGCGUGAUCACAAUGUGAUUUCCCUAUAUUCCCAGUAUUAGUUGCUUCCAUGCUCAGUCUGUUGGGUUUCGAUACCACUUUAUCUGUCUUCAAAGCCAUAGACAAAGAUCGACGUGACGAUUUUCUGGAAAUUCUCUGAAUGUUAUGUUUUCCCUAGCUUUACACAAAUCUGCUCAUCGUUUUCGGAUUAUCGUUAAUUAUAUUAAACACUUGUACAUACUGGAUGCAAAAAGAACUGGAAAAUGUUUUCUUCACCUUCA